AUGGCAUCCCGCUUUGCCGGUCUUCGCCCGUCGGACCAGUUACCCUAUCUGCGGUGUGCGAAGAUGCUGGAGAAUAUUCCCCACGCUCGCCGUGGAGUUACCGUCUGCUCCGAUCCGUUUCUAGUGUUUCUACUGGACUUUGCCGAGGAAAGCAAAGCGACCGAAGUGCUCAUCGAUCGAUCGAUAUUCCCCGAAACGAUGAGUCGACCGAACGACACACCAACUGGAGGUGGCCAAGUGACAAGGAUUCAACUGCCGGACGUUGAGUACGUGUACGAAGAAGCGCUGGUCCCGCAAGAGGAUCCGCUGCUCAGUGAGCUACCAUCGAAGGCACAUCUCCUGUCAUCGGCGCGACAAAUGUGGGACAAUCUGACCGAGGACGAACGGGAACCGUAUCGCUUUCGGGCCGUGCUGGCGGCGCUCUUUCCUGCGGCCCUCGAUCAGGCGUUCUAA